AUGAACGCUCUGCGACCAACCUCCGCGUCGAUCAUUCCUCGCUUUCCACUCGAGAUCCUCGAAAACAUCGCGGUACAUAUCGUCUUUGACGACCCUCAUGGCCACCCUGCCGGGCUCGUACCGUUACUCUGCACAUGCAAAGCCGUCUAUGGGCUGCUCUCAUAUUCGACCAACAAUACCCUUUGUGCUCGUGUGUUCAAGGGCAUGUUCGACUUCCGUGCAGCUCGAAGACGCGUUGGACGUAUAACACACAUGUCGUCCAAUCUAGCGGCCCAACUUAAGCUGCAAUGUGAGACGUUACGUCGCAUCCGUGCCCGGGAUCUGUCCUCUCCCUCCUUGGUUGACGAUUUCUGGGUGGCGUUCGUGAUGAUGUCCGAGAACGACGGUCGGAACAGAAUUCAGCUCGAGAAGGCGGGACUUCCCGAGCUCCUUGAAAUCUGGGUCCGGCAGGGUCUGUGGGAGAGGAAUCGGCGAGAUGAAUGGCCGGCAGAUGACGCUGUGAGGUCACUUGGUCUCUGGCUACUAUGGUUUAUGACUGACGAAGCCAAACUCUCCGUGGAAUCACCACAAAGAAGGGCGGAAAUCAUGAGCGCUGUCAGGCCUUACGUGCUUCUUCCAUGCCGCUAUCCCGCCUUUCUGGUCCCUGAUAACCACUUCAAUGUACCCCUGGAUUGGGACGAUGAAACGGGCCCCGAACGUCCGCCUCACUCGAUGAUCUCCGGGCAUGGGCCUUGGCCCGUGUACCGCGAUCCUGAAACUACGGGCACGAUGAUCUGGCAUUACGGCAGGCAACUGCACGUUGUCACGCCUUUAAUCACACUUGCCGCAGAAUUAGUCUUCUUCAGCCGAAGAGAAGUGGAUCCUAUCGGGAUCCCCCCCAACAUUCCUCGAAAUCGGGCUGAAGCCGUCGCGUUGGGACGCCAGGAGCCCAGUCCGACCCUUGAGGAUAUCAUCGAGUUCCGGAAUAAGCACACUGUUAUUCUGCCGCGCGCUACUUGGAACUGGGAGGAGAGCCUCACCGCAGAAGAGCUGGCCGCGGAAAAUGAGUGUCGGCUGGGCCAAAACCUCAAGUCCUUGAGCUCAAAAUGGGACGAUGAUUGGGCCAGAUGGACCUGUUGCUGGAAUGCAUGGGAAGGGCAGAUGUUGAAAUCGCCCGUGUUCACUCCAGGAAGCCUACGCGGCCUAUGGCAAGGUAGAAUGCUGUAUCCGGCGGAGAUGCAGUACCGCAGUCUCAUCGUUUCCCCUCAUGUUCCGCAGGGUUUCGGCGAGAUGUCACCAUUUGUGACGAACGCGCCGCUAUAUAUGAGGCUUCGCGAACACCAUUGCAUCAGUCCCGCCCAAACCGCCGCGCUGGGAGGCGACGGCCAGGGAUUCGACGACGGUGUACUCAACGGAUGGCUGCCUAACGGCGUUCGACUGCGCGAAUACGAUGACAAGCUCUUCAUUCAUGACCCCGAUUCGGACUCGCCGGCAAUAUACGACACCUAUGACCCGGAUAAACCUAGCUCGCAUAAACCUGAAACGUGUGCACGAUGUCAACAAAGGUUACAUGCAUUGACCCAGGAAUCGCGCGAGCGGGUUACGGAGGAGUUAGCAGUGGCAUCGGAGAGUCCGGACGGAAACGACUUCGAUCUGGAUGAGCUCUUCUCCGACCUCGAGGAGGAAGAUUUCCGAGGCACGGACUUCGUUGACGACAGAUGCCGUGGCAUCCAGGACUUCGUGAUCACGGGCGAGACGGACGACAGGCAUGGCCGUGCCUGGGGCCAUUACGUUAUGUACGGUCGCAUCCGCCAUUGGGACGGCAUGAUUUGCAUUGUCAGACAACCGCGCGACCCUCGCUUGGGCCGGCUGAUCUUCCGCGGUUAUCUUGUUGGCGGUCAGAAUUUUGUCGGGUUUUGGCGCCUGCGAACGGACGCGGGCCCUGGUGCCAUACCAUGGGAGGCUGCCCAGUCGUCGGCUCUACCACCGCACGGGAGGAUGACGAAACUCGUGGUGUCCAAGUUAUUCGACCCGGAGACGGAACAGUUCAUCACCAAUCGUAUAAUCACUGUAUCUGAAGACAGCGGCUUAGUCCUAGACGUGACACCCUUCUCUUCAGAAGAUGUGCACUCUGUUCUCGUGGACUCAAGGACCGUGGACUUGCGAGGCUUGACGGUGCUCCCGGGACUAGUUGAUACGCACGUUCACUUUUUCUUGCACCCGUACUCGGAAGUAUCAUGGGAGGAUCAGCUCACGAAGGAGAGCCUGGCUGAACGCACUGUGCGUGCCACCGUGCACGCCAGAUCCACCGUAAUGGCUGGUUUUACCGCUGUUAGAGAUUUGGGAACGGAAGGCGCAGAAGAUGCCGAUAUUUCACUGAGGAAAUGCCUAUCGGGCCCUAGUCCAUUGAUUGCAGGACCUAGAUACUUCUGCGCAAAUCGUGCAAUCGUCCCCACUGGCGCUUACGGCCCUAAGAGCUUGAUACGCCCGAACCAAGACGGCAUUGACGGAAUCACGGGUGCUGAAGUUGCCGAUGGUGUGGUCGAAUGUACCAAGGCGGUGAGAAGACAAAUCGGCGCUGGUGCUGAUUGGAUUAAAAUCUACGCAGAUUACCGCUUCCGGUCUCGCUUGGGCGUCGGCGUGUCGAACAAGGCUUCGCGGGCCUCCAUCGCAACAUUUACUCGUCAGGAGCUAGAGGCGAUGGUGAAGACUUCUGAGCAGUAUGGCGUGAAAGUUGCGGCUCACUCGACAGAACGACUCAGCAUGCAACUGCUUCGUCACAUUGGUGUCCACUCCAUCGAGCACGGAUACAACAUAGGAAGUGGAUUGACCAGUGCAGCCUUGAAGGAUGAACUUCGUCUAUUCGCGCAAUCCAAGACGUUCUGGGUACCUACUCUAGCAGCCUAUUAUACUCUAGGACAAGACGGAGGGCAAUGGGAGGCGGCAACGGCUACAUUCAAAGCUGCCCUAGAAGUUGGCAUGGAUAAUAUUGCGUGCGGUGGCGAUACGGGCGUCUUCUCGCACGGGGACAACUCCUUCGAGUUGAAACUGAUGGUACGGCUCGGUGCACCCGUACCGAAAGUUCUUAGGUGGGCAACACUCGGCGGAUGGCGUCUUGUGCGCAGUGCCGCCUGGGAAGGUACAUCAGGGAUGGAACGGUUAGCGAGGAUUGAAGAAUUGAACGAGGAUUUGAGGAUUGUCGGUGAUAACGAAGUCCCAUUCGGUAUGGUGAGGAAAGGAUUCGCAGCAGAUAUCAUCGCGGUUCACGGAGACGUCGAGGCGGAUUUCGAAAAGACGAUCUCAAAGGAGAGCGUAAGGUUCGUGAUGAAAGGGGGCAAAAUCCUCAAAAAAGACGGGCUUGAAACGUUCGGUUGCGCCGCAUAAAAGUACAAGUCAUCUCAGGCCAUCUCAGGCGCCACAUCUAGUAUUCGGUAUAUGUGUAUCGCGGAGUCAUCACGACACCGCAGUGACAUGAUAUCCGCUGCUCUCCAAACAAUGCAUAGGGAUCGCGCAUAGGUCAUGGCAUACUACAGAGUACAAUAAGGGACAAUGUCAAGGACGUACGUACAAAACCGAUUACAAGAAAUCAUAAGCCAGCCGCCGAUGCGCCAGCAACUUAUGAACGCUCGCCACGAAGACGACGUGCCAGAGCAAGAUCCUUGGGUUGGAUGGUCACGCGCUUAGCGUGGAUGGCAGCCAGGUUCGUAUCCUCGAACAGUGAUACGAGGUAGGCCUCGGCUGCCUCCUGGAGGGCCAUGACGGCCGACGAUUGGAAGCGGAGAUCAGUCUUGAAGUCUUGAGCGAUUUCACGAACCAGGCGCUGGAAAGGGAGCUUGCGAAUGAGCAGCUCGGUGGAUUUCUGGUACCGCCGGAUCUCUCGGAGAGCAACGGUACCAGGGCGGAAGCGAUGAGGCUUCUUCACGCCACCGGUGGCUGCGGCAGCGGCGGUCUUACGAGCGGCCUUCGUGGCAAGCUGCUUGCGAGGUGCCUUGCCUCCAGUGGACUUGCGAGCGGUUUGCUUGGUACGAGCCAUUAUGGGUCACAAGAUGUAUCGAGCGGGAAAAGCUGGGGGAAGUCGACGAGGAGGCGACGAGGAGCGGGUGA